UGCAUGCGACUCAAUUUGAUUACACGCCACCGCUCGGUUACAGAUUUGUCACCGCAUGGAAAUAAUCAACCACCAUAUUUGCAUAGCUCGAUGCUACUCCAGAACUAUAACUUCCGCCUGAGGUGUCCGCUUCCGACCGAAAUAUGCGCUUCCGAUUUCCAGUACUUCCGCUUCCGACCAAAAAUUUGCGUUGCCGAGUUACAGCGCCCGACCAAAAAUAUAACUGCUUCGGAUUUUUCAAAUCUGCACACCUAUGCCAGAAGGACACCACGUCCAAUACAGCAAACAACCCACGAUGACAAGAAUAAUAUCAAUCUAUCUAUCACCGCAUUUCUUAGAGUGUACCAUUUAUGUACAUACUUUUAUCACAUACGAUACUGAUGAAAUUUCCUACCUAAAUCGGGAAUAUUUCACAUCACGUUAAACCCUCGGGGUCUCCAUAACGCUCAGAAAAUGAGCAACAACGUAGUAAAGUCGAUAAAUAAAUAAAAAUUUCAAAAAUAUUUCAGAAAAAUAUUUCAUUUUUCAAAAUGUCCAAACCCGCUCCUCCUCGCAGCGCGUUAAACACAUUUUUGGCCUUAUACCUCGUCCUCCCCUUGAUAACCUUGCUCUCCUGGAUUUUCAAAAACCCCUCGGUCGAAAAGUACUUGGCGUCCUGUGGCGUCCUUUACUUUUCCGACGUCCCGGGUUCCUUUGUGCCCGAAUUUCUUAAGGGGAACGGACCAGCCCAGUACGUUUCCGGUUUGUACGAACGCCUCAAAGUGGACAAAAGUUAUCUCGGUGGGUUUACCCUGUUCAACAAGACGUACUACGUUACCCGGGAUCCGGGCCUGAUUCGGGAAAUUUGUGUCAAAGACGUUACUCAAAUUGAGCGGACAGAAUCCACCCUCUCCUUCGCGGGGGAUUACAUCAUUUCAAAAUCCCUCGUCUACCUGCAAGGCGACCAUUGGAAGAAAACCCGCGCCAAAUUUGACCGUGGUUUCACACCGAGCAAAAUCAAGCACAAUUUCGCCCAGAUAAACCACGUGGGCAGAAAUCUAGUAGAAUACUUCAACCACGAAAUGGACCCCGCGGGAAGUUUGGUUUGCGAUUUGAAUUUACCCAUCCAUAAAUACUCGCUCGACGUGGUGGCCUCCGUUACCCUGAAUUUAGACACGGUUUGCCUCAAAACCCGGGAACCGUCACGUUUCGAACAAAUUUCUGACAGGGUUUAUACCUCCUUUGAUAAAUUUACGGACUGGGUGAAACCCAUGUUUAUCCUGUGGUUACCCCGGGUAACAAACUAUUUCCGGGUUACAAUAAUGGAUAAAGAAAUUGGCACCUUUUACGGGGACGUGGCCCAGGCCAAGAUUCAAAGUGAGGGUGGGGCGGGAAAGAAAAAUUUGAAUGAUUUUGUCCAUCUGAUUCAUUCCUCGUAUAAAGAGUUGUACGGGCGGGAGGCGAUUGGGCGGGGAGCGAAUGGGCGGGGAGCGAUUGGGCGGGAAGCGAUUGGGCGGGGGGCGAAUGGGCGGGAGGAGGAUGAGAAGGACUUUAUAAUCUCGAAUUUGUACACUUUGGUGCUCACUGGGUACGAAACGACGGAAGUUGUCUUGGCCAUGUGCGCCUACGAAUUGGCGCUGAAUCCGAAUGUGCAGAGGAGAUUGAGGGACGAAAUAAAGGACGUGCUGGGGUGA